UCCAGCCUGCUGGCAGAGCUCUGCAAAAAAUGGAUCUGUCUGACCAGAGAGACAUGGCCAAACAACCGGCCAGCGCUCCCACCGGCUACAUCCCUGCGCAGCAGUCCGACGGAGCCGCGGGACUUAUGGGAAACAAACCGGACAACACGGCAGCGUGCCCGCCGCCCGCCCCUCGCCAUCACCCGGCGCCUCAGCCGCCGCCUCCUUGUAACGAGCGCAACACUUUUUGUCCCGCGGAAAAUAAACCGGGGGAACCGGACAGCAAUAAAGAAUACGGGACGUUUAAAAACACCCCGCCGGCCGUCCCCGGAUCCGUUGCCGUUAAUUCGGCCUUGAGGAAGGAUUCCGUCGGUUCGGCCCGUGGGGGGUCCGCCCAGUACGGCGACCCGCUCCGGGCCACCGCUGAGCAGAACAACACCGCAGGCAACUGGACGUCUAUGAGCCAGACCACCAUCAUACUGGGAACAGAUGGGAACACGUCUGUUCAGCCUGGAACCGUGGCGGGGGUUAACGAAGAUGAUGACGAAGGGGGAGAUGAGAAUAAGGCCAGAGGAAACUGGUCUAAUAAACUGGAUUUUAUUCUGUCCAUGGUUGGCUAUGCAGUGGGACUGGGAAACGUGUGGAGGUUUCCUUAUCUUGCCUUCCAAAACGGGGGAGGAGCUUUUUUGAUCCCCUACCUGACCAUGCUGGGCAUCGCUGGGAUCCCAAUCUUUUUGUUGGAGGUUUCCCUCGGCCAGUUUGCCAGCCAAGGGCCAGUGUCAGUGUGGAAAUGCAUCCCCGCUCUGCAAGGUUGCGGGAUUGCCAUGUUGAUAAUAUCUGUCUUGAUAGCCAUAUACUAUAAUAUUAUAAUGUGCUGGACACUGUACUACCUGUUCGCUUCGUUGAAGGGCUCACUGCCAUGGGCUAACUGUAGGAAUGAGUGGAACACGGUGGAAUGUAAGGACAAAGACAUGCUGCUGUUAGACUCAUGCAUCCUGCGGGACAGAAACAUCACGUCCAUCAAGAACUCCACUUUCUGUACGUUGGCAAACACAGCGGGAAACCUGACAAAGCUCCUAAACAUGAGUAUGGACGGAAACAAGACAUAUGUCAGCCCCAGUGAGGAAUACUUCAAAUACAACGUGCUGCACAUUUCCAAAGGGAUUGAAUAUCCAGGAGACAUCCGCUGGCCUCUGGCCGGCUGUCUCUUCCUGGCCUGGCUCAUUGUCUACGCCUCUUUAGCCAAAGGAAUCAAGUCAUCGGGAAAGGUGGUGUAUUUCACUGCCACGUUCCCUUACGUGGUGCUCGUCAUCCUCCUGAUCAGAGGAGUGACCCUCCCCGGUGCGGCUGAUGGCAUCCUCUACUUUAUCACACCAAAAUGGGAGAAACUAAAUGAUGCAAAGGUGUGGAAAGAUGCUGCCACUCAGAUCUUCUUCUCCCUGUCGGCUGCUUGGGGCGGCCUCAUCACGCUCUCUUCUUACAAUAAGUUCCACAAUAACUGCUACAGGGACACUAUCAUAGUGACAUGCACAAACAGCGCCACCAGUAUAUUUGCUGGGUUUGUCAUCUUCUCUGUCAUUGGUUUUAUGGCACAUGAGUUAAAGGUGCCAAUAGAGAAGGUGGCUGAUGAAGGUCCAGGUAUAGCUUUCGUGGUGUAUCCAGAGGCUCUGACCAGACUUCCCCUGUCUCCUUUCUGGGCAAUCAUCUUUUUCCUCAUGCUCCUGACCCUUGGCCUGGAUACUAUGUUUGCCACCAUCGAGACCAUAGUCACCUCCGUGUCAGAUGAGUUCCCCAAAUACCUAAGGAAACACAAGCCGGUCUUCACCCUGGUCUGCUGCGUCUCUUUCUUCAUCCUGGGAUUUCCCAUGAUCACAGAGAGUGGGAUGUACAUGCUCCAGUUGGUGGACACGUUUGCAGCCUCAUAUUCUUUGGUCAUCAUUGCUAUCUUUGAGCUGGUGGGGAUUUCAUACCUCUAUGGCCUACAGAGGUUUUGUGAGGACAUUGAAAUGAUGAUUGGUUUCCAGCCAAACCGAUUCUGGAGACUGUGCUGGGCCUUUGUGACUCCAACCAUUCUGACGGGCAUCCUGGGGCUGAGUCUGUACCAGUGGAAGGUGAUGACAUAUGAGGACUACACCUACCCCACCUGGUCCAUGGUUCUGGGCUGGCUCAUGGUCAUCUGCUCUGUAAUCUGGAUCCCCAUCAUGUUCGUCAUUAAGAUGCACCUGGCCCCCGGCACCAUCAUCGAGCGCCUGAAGUUGGUCUGCUCCCCUCAGCCUGACUGGGGUCCUUUCCUGAUGAAGCACCGUGGAGAACGCUACCAGAACAUGAUCGACCCACUGGGAACCAGCUCCCUGGGCCUCAAGCUGCCCCCCAAGGACUUCCAGCUUGGUUCUUACCAGUAGCAGCCAUCCUAACAGCACCACAUCCACCACUUCCAAGCCCUGUAGGAGGCAUUGGUGGGUGGCAGGAAUCGUCUCCAUCCCCACGUCUUCUCCCUUCUCUCUCUCUCCUGCUCUGUACUUAAGCCUUCUUUGCUUCUUGUCUUCUUUGCUUUAUUGUGGAUGUGGAAACA